AUGGUGUCCGGUCAUCAAACUAACAAUAGUAGUGCAGAUAUCUAUGCUAAUGUCAUGCAAGGCAAAAUAUUAUUUCAAGGUUGUCAAUUACCAACAUUAAUUUGGAAUCAAAUCAAAAUUCUUAUUGUAUCAAAUAAAGAUGAAUUCGAUAUCGAACGUGAUACAUUAAUGACAGAAACUUUACCAAAAUUACAACAAUAUUUUUUAACACAAGGCAUCUAUGUUAAUUUCAUUGAUUGUAAUUUGAAUUGGGAUCUUGAUUUAUCUCGAAAUCCAUAUCAUGUUUUACGCUAUAUGAAGGAACUUGAUGAUGCUUAUAAAACAUCAGCUGGUGUGUUUUUAUUAACAUUUGUUGGAAAUAAAUAUGGUUCUGUUGUUUUACCUAUUGAAUUAUCAACAACAGAUUUUAAUAAUAUAAAAAAUAUUGCCUCUGAUUUAAAUAAAGAUGUUAAAUUACUUGAACGAUGGUAUUUACUUGACGACAAAUUAUUACCACCGGCUUAUAAAUUAAAAGAUCCUGAUGAUGAAUUUUCAAAUCUUCUAUCACGAACAGUAUCAACAUAUGAUAUCAGUAUACGUGAAAGUCAAGAAUGGAAUGAUAUCUACGUAAAUUUAGCUGAUUUAUUCACCAGUGUUCUACAUGAAAAGCCUAAUUUAAAGUCUAAACAUGAUACGUCAUCUAUGUAUGAUAUUCAACUACUUUCCAGUGUUGAGAUGCUAUUCAAUUAUGCUGCUAAGCUGUCUCCAUCCGGUUGCAUGUGUGUCUUGAGGCAGUUUGAUGGUUUCAACGAAAAGAAUAAAGGUAAUGAACCAUAUAUUGAUUUAUUAACUGGUUCAAAUCGUUUGGAUAAACAUCGUCAAGAAAAAUUAAAACGUUUUCGUGAAUCUAUAGCAAAUAAAUUAUCAAUAAAUGAUGAUGAUACUCUCAAAAUUGAAGAUAAUCGAAUUCUAUUCAAUAUAUCAUGGAAAGAGAAUGGAGAUUUUCAAACAGACGAUGCAGAUCAUCAACGUUAUUUACGUACAUUAAAUGCUGCUAUAUUUCUUCGCAUUAAAUUUUUAUGUGAACAUCAUAUUGAUUUGUCCAUAUCAACUCGUUUGAAAUAUCCCGAUCAAAUUCUAUAUAACGAGACACUGAUACAUUCAACACACUAUUCACGACUAUCAUCGAAUGCAUGUUUAGGUUUUGAAAAUUUUAUUGAAAAUAAUCAAUCAUUUAAACAAUGGUUCUCAUCAGCUAAUACAGAUGAACAUUAUCCAUUGAUGAUUAUUGGCAAUCGGGCAUCAGGAAAAACUUUACUAUGUACAAAAUUAGUUCAAUAUCUUUUAAAUACAUUAGGAAAAAAUGUUCAAUGUAUAAUGCGUUAUUUUAAUUUAACAUCACGAUCACAAAAUAUUGCAGAAGUAUUUAAUUCAAUUUCGGCACAACUGAAAACAUUACAAAAUGUACCAGCCAUAACUGACGAUCAAAAAUUUAGUAAUAUUGAAUCUUAUCAAUCUAUUUUAAAAAGUUUAUCAGAGAAUAAUAAACCACUUAUACUUAUGAUUGAUGGCAUUGAAGAAGCAGCAUCGCCAAGUCAAUACACAUCAUCGAUUAUCUUCUAUCAAACAUUACUUCAAUUGCUUCCGCCUAAAGUCUAUGCAAUAAUAUCUGUUACUCGCAAUGUUCAUACAAAUCCUAAUAGCGAUGUUAAAAUACGUGAAAUAUUUGAACGCCUUGAAAAAACGCAAUGCAUGAUUGAAUUACCAUUUACAAAUGAAACAAUUAGUAUAAAUGAAUUAAAUUUAUAUAUUAAAUCUGAAUUAAAUUUAAUAAAACGUAAUGUAACAGAUUCUGUUUUACAAGCUCUUUCAAAAUGUAUAUAUCAACAAAUCGAUAAACAAUCUCAAAUAUUUUUUCUUCUACGUCUGGUUUUAAAUGAAAGCUAUUUUAGUUAUUUAUCACAACGUAAGAAAAAAUUGGAUCUAACAGAAUUAAAUAUAGAAGAAAUAUUCAAUGCAUAUAUUGAUCAUUGUGAAAAGAAAUUUGGUACAAAAAUUUGUGCUCUCAUCUUUAAUUAUAUUAGUUCAUCACAAUCGGCUAUACAUGAACUUGAAUUACUUGAUAUAUUAUCGUGUAAUAAUGAAUUUUUUUUGGAAUAUUUUCAAAAAAAUUUACCGAAAUAUUUACGUUUUCCACCAUCAUUAUGGAUUGCUGUGAAAUAUCUAUUAGGACCACUUUUAUCAGUAAGAUAUUUUGAUUCCAAAGUUGUCAUUUGUUGGAGUCAUUCAUUUAUUCGACGACAUAUGAAACAGAAAUAUUUAAAAAGAGUUGAAGAUAUUCGUUUUGCACAUCGAGAUAUGUCAAAUUAUUUUCUUGAAGCUUUUAUUGAAUCAAAACCAUUAGUUGAUAUGAAUCGAAAUGUUCAACUCAGAGGAGAUCCUGCUCGUCGCUUUAUUUUACAACAGCCUCUUCUCUAUUCUGAAACAGCCUAUAAUUAUCGACGAUUACAUGAAUUAUGGUACCAAUUAAUGCACUCUGGUGAUAUCGAUCGGCUAAAAGAAUAUACAGUAUGUUGUUUUGAAUAUCUACUCGCUAAAAUUCAUGGUUUAUCAAUCGAACAAUUAUUAUGGGAAAUCGAAAUAAUUUGUAGUAAUAUUCUCGAUGCUGAUGUUCUUAUUGUUCAAACAAUCUUAAAAAAUACAGUUGAUAUUGUUUCCAAUGAUCCAAUUUUGCUUGCUGGGGAAAUCAUUUUACGUUUAAGAAAUAUAAAAAGUUAUUAUAAUGAACAUAUCGAAUCAUUGUUCGUUCAAGCACAUGAUUGGUGUGAAUCAUGUAGUAUACCAGUUUUUGUUCCACUGUCUUCAUGGAUAUCUGCAACUCCACCAUUGGUUAUAACUACAUUACCGUGUAGUGGUGGAGCAUUUAAAGUAACAGCAACAACAUUUAAUCAACAUGUCUUUUGUACAACACGUAAAAAUGAGAUUGCGAUGUAUCAUAUACCGUCGAAAAAACUUGUGAAAACGUUCUCUGGUCAUACAUCAUUAAUAACAUCUAUUCAAUUAACACACGAUAGUAAAUUUUUAGUAUCGACAUCAACCGAUCGAACAAUAAAAUUAUUUAAUUUGAAUUCUGGUGAAUUAGAAAAUAAUUAUCAAAUAAAUCAAAACGAAAUACUUUGUACGACACUUUCGCAUGAUAAUCAGCUAAUAGUUGUAGGUACUCGUGAUCGAUUGAUUAUUGUAUGUCACUUCGAAACCGGUGAAAUCGAACAUUCAAUCGAACAGCAUACAGAUGCUGUUACUGGUGUUGGACUUACACAAGACGAUGCCUUAUUAAUUUCUGCUUCACGUGAUCAAACAAUUAAACGCUGGACAUUUCGAGGAAUGCAAUUACUUGAUAUAAUCGAUACCAUCGGUUCACCAAUAACACAUUUGAUUGUAUCAACAGAUGAUACGUUCAUAAUAGUCUCAUGCGAAAAUACGACAGUUCAAGUUAAAUCUCUUGUUACUGGUAGCGACAUACAUAAUCUAGAAGGGCAUUCAUCGGCAGUAACAAGUCUUUCAAUGUCAAACGAUUCAAUGUGUUGUUAUGUUGGCUGUAGUAAUGGAUCUAUUUAUGUUUAUAAUUUACGCUCACGAAUACUUCUUCGAUCAUUACAAGAACAUGAUUCAGCUGUUAACGAUCUUUUUAUAUCGGCUGAUGAUUGUUUUCUUUUUUCAGCAGCUGAAAAUGCUAUACAUGUUUUAAAUGUAAAACAACAAUUUACUGGUUUUGUCACUGAAGAUCCAUUAUCAUCGACAGAUUAUAUAACAGCAUUAUCGAUAUCACGUGAAGGCGAUGCUGCUAUCGCUGGCUGUGCAGCUGGUAGUGUUCGAUUAUUUAAUUUAGUUGAUGGAGAAUUCAGUGCACAUAUUAUUGAUCAUCCGGCACCUGUUACACAAGUUGCACUUUCACAUUCAUAUCUAUUUUCACUAUCGGGUUCAAAAGACACAACAAUUAAAGUUUACGAUAACGAAAUGGGAGAAAUUGUUACAGAAUUCACUCAUCAUACAGCGCCAAUUGCACACGUACGCAUAUUAGAAGAUAACCGAAAGAUUUUAUCAAGUGAUGAACAGAACUAUAUUAAAACAUGGUGGGCAAAUACAGGAGAACUAAUUGAUUCAUACAAUACACCAUGUAAAAUGCUUGGUGUUUCUCCGGAUGGAAAAUAUGUUGUAUCCGGAAAUGGAGAUAAUCUUUUAAAAAUCUGGUCUUUGGAUGAUGCACGUGUAGUUCGUUCCAUCGAUCAUACCGAAGGCAAAAUAACUUGUAUGGCAUUUCGAGCUGAUUCGCAAUAUUUAGUUACUGGCGGAGAAGAUUUUAGUUGUAAACUAUGGGAAUUAUCAUCCGGAAAACUAACGCAGGUUCUCGUUGAACAUGAACAAUUAGUGACUGCUGUCGCAAUUAGCGAAGAUAAAAAACACGUUCUAACGGGUGACAAAGAUGGUCACGCCAUUAUAUGGUCAUUUAAAGAUGGUGCUGUUGUACAUAAACUUAUUAGACAUAAAACUGCCAUCGUCACUGCCGCAUUUACUAUCGAUAGUAAUAUUGCUAUAACUGCUUCACAAGAUGGCCUACUCUCAGCUUGGUCGACAAUGACAGGCAUUCUUUUAGCUGCAUUUCAUUUCAAUCAUAUUCUUGUGAAAUUACUUGUUGCCCAAACUGGAGCACGAUAUGCGGCAAUUCUACAAAAUACAUGUUGUGUUGCUAUGCUAGGUCUAUUUAAUAUCUCAUCUAGUGAUACAUCAAAACCACUAGAACGUCACUGUCAAAUGUUUUCCGAUCCGUCGAAUACUUUAUUGCCGAUAAAACCGAAACCAUUCUUGUAUCCAAAAGAUUCAACACUAAUGUCUGAUAGUCGACAUGUUUCAAAAAGUGAUCAAGUUACUUCUGAUACGAUACUGGAUUUAAUAUUGAUUACAUUAAAUUGUAUACGUCUUAUAAUACGUUAUACGUUUCAAUCGUAUUUUUUACAACGUUCAUUAUAUAUAUGUCGAACAUAUAAAUUUCUUACCAGUUAUUUUUCUCAUUGCGCCGUAUGGAUAUUAUGUGUUAUAUCACUUGAACGUGCUGCUGUAACAAAACGUUAUGUUUGGAAUAAAAAUGUAUUUAGUCAUAAACAUUCAUAUUGUACAUUAAUUAUAAUGUAUAUUAUAUUAUUUUUUCUUAAUAUUCAUUAUUUAAUAUAUUUUGGUUCAAAACAAGAACGAAAUUAUGAUUCUAUGAGUAAUGAUACAGACCAUAAAUUAUUAGCUAUGUGUAGUUCAAAUUUAAGGCGAUCAUCAAAAGAAAAAUAUGAACAUUUUUUAAUUUAUUAUUUUUCAUGGAUGGAUUUCUUAAUAAAUUCUCUCGUACCAUUCAUUAUUAUAUUAAUUGCAAAUACAAGUGUCAUGCAUUCUGUUUAUAAAUCACGUAUCUAUAUGAAACAAAUAGGCAUAAGACAAACACGUUCACCGCGUGAUACACAAUUAGCAUAUAUUUUAUUCGUAUCAACGUUUCUUUUUUUAUUAUUAACAUUUCCAUUACGAGUUUUUUCUGUUAUUGAACCAUAUUUAAAUUAUGAAAAGAAAUAUUUAAUUCUAUUAGAUGGUAUUAUGAGAUUUUUAUUAUAUCUUGAUCAUGGCUGCGGAUUUUACUUGUAUACAUUUACAGGUGAAUUAUUUCGUCGAGAACUAAGAAAAUUUUUCUAUGAAUGUUUGUUUAAAAUAUUUCGACAUCGAUAUUUUAAUUGGUCAUAUGUUGAAUCGAGGCGUCAAAGUGAGUUAAGUUGUUCAAAUGGUAUGGGCGGUGGCGGCGUUGGCGGUGGUGGUGGUGGUGGUGGUGGGUCACAUUUUUUUCAUCAAUUACAACAUGCAAAUAUUCAAUUACGAGAUUCACUUAGUAGUUGUACUGGUGCUGGAACUGGUACAGGCAUUAAAACAUCAUUGCAUUCACUUCCAACACAUAAAAUAUAUCAACCAAUAUCUUAUCAUCAAUGUGCUUAUGCAAAAUCUUCUCUGACAAAUAAAUUAUCGGCAUCAUCAUCACGUUCAAAACUUACACCGUUAACAGGAAGACCAAGUUUAUAUUUAUCAGAACAAAAACAUGGUCUUGUUAAACGCCAUAGUUCAUCUUGUUUCGAGUCACAAUAUAAGCCCAUGACAAUUCCAUGUACAUCACAAAAUCCAAUACCUGCACAUGAUCUUGAUCGAAAGAGCGAUAUUAUUUAG